CAAGUAUCAGUUUCAUACACAACACACAACACAAGACUCCGAAGAUGUCUGAGCCAUCUCCAGUCUCCGAUCCUUACGCACAUAUGAGCAUGGUAAAGAAUCCAGAUGGCUCCAUCACUCGCGACCCCACCAGAUUCACGGGCGUCCCAGCCACACCUGAUCCCCCCUCUCCGCAAAUCCCCGUCGCAUCCAAAGACAUCACCGUGAACCACUCAAUCUCCACGUGGAUGCGUCUCUACGUCCCCACCGCCGCACUAAACGACGACGUACCAUCUAAAAAACUCCCUCUAAUAGUUUACUACCACGGCGGAGGCUUCGUCAUCUGCAGCGUCGACUUAAAACAUUUCCACGACUUCUGCAACCUCAUGGCGCGUGAGCUCAACGCGGUCGUCGCGUCACCUUCCUACCGGCUAGCUCCCGAGCACAGACUCCCGGCGGCUUACGACGACGGGAGGGACGCUCUGGAGUUUAUCAGAACCUCCGACGACGAGUGGAUCAAAUCUCACGCCGAUCUCGAUAACGUGUUCCUCAUGGGGACAAGCGCCGGUGGCAACUUGGCCUACAACGUCGGGCUUAGAUCCGCCUUCGCAGCGGAUCUAAGCCCUUUACGUAUCCGUGGACUGAUCUUACACCAUCCCUUCUUUGGUGGAGAAGAGCGGUGCGAGUCCGAGAUCACUCUCAAGAACGAUCAGGUUUUUCCGCCUAACGUCGGAGACAUUUGCUGGGAGCUUUGUCUCCCUGUCGGAGCCAACCGGGAUCACGAGUAUUCGAAUCCGACGGUGGGAGAUGGAGCGGUGAAUAUGGAGGUGAUCGGACGGUUGGGAUGGAAGGUGAUGGUGAGCGGAGGAGGAAGAGAUCCGAUGAUAGAUAGGCAGAGAGAUGUGGCGAAGUUGAUGAAGGAGAAGGGAGUUGAUGUGGUGGAGCGUUUUACCGACGGCGAUGUUCACGGUGCUGAGCUCGGAGAUCCGACCAAGAGUGAAACUCUGUUUGCUUCCAUCAGAAAUCUCAUUUACUCUUCUGUACCGUAAUGUCUUUUU